AGUAUGUUUGACAUUUCUCUUUUUCCUUGUUCUACUGUCAAAUAUUUAAGAGUCAUUGAGAGCAUUAUCGUCAAGUGUUAAGCAUCUUUUUUCAUUUUCUCCCAAUUUUUAUUUUCAUUUUCAUUUGUGCAAAAAUGUCGAAACGUUCUAGCGAUUCAAACUCCAAUUAUGGCGCCAGUAAGGAUAUCUGGGCAUCGAUGCGUCCCUAUCGCGUGCCCUAUGAGGAGCCAAAGGGCAGCGAUGCCCGAAUGAUGGCUGCCUACAAGAAGGCUCAUGCUCCGGACGCUCCUCAGGCCAGCUCCCAAUUGGCGAUGGUUCGGGGUGGCAAUAUUUGCAGAAAGUGUUUGCUCCACAUCGAAGUGUGCCGCAUCUAUGGCGAGAACCUGAAGAAGAGCGAGCAAGCUGCUGCCAUUUUGAAGUUAAAGAAUGUGAAGGUUGAAAAAGGAGAAAAAUCAGUACUUGAGGGGCAAAAGGGUGCAGAGGAAGGCGCAAAGGGAGAAGCAAAGGGAGAAGCGGAAGGAGGAGCAGAAGAAGGAGCAGAGGGAGGAGCAGAGGGAGGCACUGAGUCAAAAGAAAACAUGACAUUUUAAAUGUACUGUAAAUAUAUCAAAUGUCGCUUUGAUUUAUUAAUGACUGAUGUGCCUUAGAAAUAAUAAAUAAAAUGCAAUUAU